GCGGCGCGGCUGCCAAGGUAUUUAAGGUACCGUGAACCGGCGGCGCACGAGUAGUUCACUUCUGUUCGGUGCGGUGUCGCGGUGAUUUUGAGGGGACAGAAGAGAAAGAAAGGGAGAAAGAGGAAACACAUAGGGGUCCAGGGAGAAAACGGGAGAAAGAGAGAGAAAGAGAGAGAGAGAGAGAGAGAGAGAGAGAACGGCCGGGACUCGCACUUCCCAAGGGUGCGAGACACCAGCCAAAGAAAUAAUCACUUCGGUGUGUGUCUAACCUGGACCUUCGUUGAGAGAAAAAGAAAGAAAGAAAGAGAGAAAGAAAACGAAAAUAAAAGAGAACGUUAAAGCCAACGUUUAUAGUUUGCCGGCCCGCGUAGUUUUCUAGACCGCGAAACGGAACGUUUCAUCAUCCUUUCGAACAGUGAGACCGAAGAGGUUCGUCGACUUCAGUUCCAGAGGAAGAUCUCGAAGCACGAUUGCAACGAGUUACGAAUUUUCGAAUCGAGACCGGGAGAGCAACACGUCGCCGGACGGGAUCACCGUGGUCGUCUGUCGUUGACGACCGUCCUGGAUAGAAAACGGAAGAAGAGUGCCGACAUGUCGGCCUUGAACGCCGGGCUUUGUCGACCCGGGAUUAUACUCUGUCUGGCUGUUCUACUGGCAUCGCAAUCCAAUUCUGCACCCGUAUAUGACCAGGAUACCACACAAGUUGCAGAAUACGAUGGAGCCACGGCUGGGUGUUACUACAACUUUCAACGCUAUGACGAGGGGGAUAGAAUCAUCACGAACGAACCAUGCCUAAACUGCACGUGUCACAAUCGAAUGCUGAUGUGUUACUUGAGGGUUUGUCCCUUCACGAAGGCGAUCGGACAAGACUGCACGGUUGAGAAACGUCCAGAUCAAUGUUGUCCUGUCAUCACUUGUCCAGAAGUGCCAGUGCAGCUAUUGACUUCGACUACUAAUGCGCCCGCAACUUCCGGUUCCACGGCAAUCGGCUUCCACGACAAUUAUGGAUGCAACGUCGAGAAUCGGUUCUACGCAGACGGUGCCCAAUUGCCUACCGAUCCUAAAAAUCCUUGCGAACUCUGCUACUGUAUCAGGAACAGGACUACUUGCGUCAUGCAGGAGUGUACUUUACGCGUGGCUGGAUGCAGGCCCGUCUAUCAACCGGGAAUUUGCUGUCCUGUCAAAUACAAUUGCGAAUACGACGAGGAACUCGCCACAACGGUUGAGCCAACGCCCGGACUGAUCAUGACCACUACGAUGGCUCCAGGAGAAACAACGCAAUGUUACUAUCAAGAGAAGGUCUACGAGGACGGCGACUUGAUCUACUCGACCCAGCCCUGUCAGCAUUGUUACUGUUUCCGCGGUGACAUCGCGUGCGCUGUGCAAGAUUGCGGAACACCGAUGAAAACUCACGGAAAGAAUUGCACGGCUCAGCCACCGCCGGAAGGAGAGUGUUGUCCGACUACGUACCAGUGUGAAGAUGAUGGAGGACUUGUAACGUUACCCAAAGGCGAGGAACAAUCUACCGAGGGGCAGGUUUUAGAAACGACAGUUGCAUCAGUUACGGAAGUUGAGAAGGAAGCACCGCGUCCUGAAACUACAGAGGAGUCGUUCCCAGGUUCUGACAACGUGAUCCCUCAAGACCACGUGGCCCCAACUACUGAGGCUCCGACCGAAAGCGCAGCGUCCACGGAAGAACCUAAGAAAGAAGAAGCUCCUUCGGUACAUGAAACCGCUGCUCCAGAAACUCCAACUACUGAAAAGGAAACAAGUAUAUCAGAAGAAUAUACUACCGAAAGCGCUCCAGCCGUAACGGAAGCAUCGAGCGCAGUACCAAAAUUGACCGAACCUCCCGAGGAAGCAAAGGGUGAGACAACGGAGGCACCAAAUGUAGAAGAAAAGGGCGAAGAAACGGUCACUACACCUGCAGAAGAAACUACUCAAGAAGUAAUUCAAACUUCAGCUCCAGAAGAAAUACCGGAAUCUUCACCAAAAGUGGAAGUUACAUCAGAGGAGGUAACUACUGUGAGAGAAGAAGAAAAACCUGAGAUGAUUACUGAACAAGCAACACCAGAGGAAGCACAAACUGAAGCUAAAGUCCCUGAGGAGGAACAGCCAGAAUUACCAAGUGGUGAAAAGAAAGAGGAAGAGAAACCCACGGAAGAGAGCGUGACUGAAGAAAUAAUAUCGAAAGAGGAGCAUCCGAUCGAAGAAGCUGAAAUACCUACGCAAGCACCGGAAGCUCCAAGCGAAGAAAAGGAAGUAUCUCCGGUUCUUGAAACAGAAGUGACAACGGCUAAGACUUUGGACGAAGAAGAAGCAACAGAAGCAGCCAAAACUGAAAUUCCAGACCACAGACUGUCGACAGAGACACCCACUGAAGAGAAACCAGAAGAAGCUGCAACACCUGAGAUAGAAGUAACUACCGAAAAACCUGUCAAAGAGGUUUCAAGCACCGAACAAAUCCCUGAACAACCUGAACAAGUUUCUCAACAACCAGAACAAGUUCCUGAAGAAGAAAAAGAAAAGCCAAUGGAAGUGAGCACGGAACGACAACCAACAGAGGCGUCUACAAUUCCAUCAGAAUAUGGUAUAGAAGAAAUAACAGAAAGUGCAAUGGAACAGAAGACAGAACUGCCAGUACACGAACCUAGCUUGGCUCCCAAAAAGGAGGACAUGAUUCCUCUUCAAUUACCAGAAACUAGCGAGCAACCAACUGUGGUAAGCGAAUAUCCUUUGGAAGAAGAAACACCUGAAAUUCCGGAACACGGUCCUCCAGGUAUCUCGAUUACCGAACGUGUACCAGAAAGUAAAGCAGAGGAUAAAGAAGCAGUAACUGAGAUUCAAGUCACAGAAGGUUACGUUGAUAUGAAGCCACCAGAAUUUACUGUACCGGGUAGUCUUGUAACUGAAGCACCUAUGCAAAAUGCUUCGUCCACGUAUUUGCCACCUGUUCAAGAAACAACGAUUGCUCCAAAGCAUGAAACGGUACCUACGGAAGAAGGAACUACUAUACAAGUGCCGGAAGAAGCACCCUCGUCCACUUCGGCUGCACCAGAAAAGGCUGAAGAAGGCGCUCCCUCGGUUACAGAAACUGGUGAAAUUCCAGGUGAAGAGAAGGAGAUAACAGAAACUGCUCCUAAGGGUACUGAACCUAGCCCUGCAACAGAAAUUUCAACGUCAACGUCGGAAGCUGCACAAGAAGUACCUCAACCGACUGAGCAACCGACCUUACCAGAGGAACAGAGUACUGAGAUAUCAUCGUCUGAAGUUUUACCAACGAAAGAAACUUCAGAGGAACAAGAGUUGCCGACAAAGGGAUUGACUAUCGAAGAAUCUGGAGAAACUUCGUCCGAAGAAAUGAAAGAUUCCAGUGAAGAAGUGAAAGAAAAACCUGAAGAACAUGCACCUGAGACACCGGCUCCAAGUUCAACUGAGGUACCUGUGACAGAAAAACACGAAACUGAGCAACCAUCUGUCGAGGAACAAACCGUAGAAUCCGAGAAGGCAAGUACAGAAGGUGCUCAGGAGACGCCUUCGACGGAAGUUCCACGCGUUGAGGUACCCGCUACGGAAAUCAGUGCAAUUCCAGAAGAAAAACCUGCUACAGAGCAAGAAGAACAAGGUACUGUUGCGCCAGAAGAAGCUCUGCCAAGCGAAAAGCCUGGUGUCAGUUCCGAAGCACCUGAAGAACAGGCUACUGAGCAACCAAUUGUUGAAGAGGAAGUUCCAGUCACUGAGGGAAUUGAGGGUGAAAAAAUAGGCACGACUAUCAGCAAAGAUGAGCAACCUGAAACAAGUGAGAAACCUGUGGUUGAAGAAAUUCCAAAAGAAGCAACUACUCCAGGAAUAGAAGGUUCACCAGCAACUGAGGAAACAAUAGAGGCUGAAAAACCAACUGAAGGCAUUUUAACAGUUGAAGUUCAACCAACAGUGGAAUCGGAGGAAGAACAGAAGACAGAAGCACCAGAAACAACUAGUGAAAAACCAGCUCAGACUGAAGCACCGGUAACUAAAGAAGAAAUAUCGACUGAAGGAGUGCAAGAAGAACAGAAGACAGAGCAGCCAGUGAAGGAAGAAGGUCCAACUGAAGGACCAUUGACUUCAUCUCCAUCUCCAUCGACAGAACAAGCUGUUACUGAAGGAUUAGAAAAAGAAGAAACACGUGCUCCCGAGGAACACGUGCCAACUAAACCGCCUAUUAGUGAACGCAAAGAAGAUGAAAUGAGUGCAGAAAGACCACCUGAGGUAGAAGAAGGCGUUCAGAAGCCAUCUCCUCUUGAUGAAGAGAAGCCAACUGAAAAGCCUGUAGGAGAAGAAGAAACAACAACUGCUGCACAGGAGGAAGCUGGAAAACCUGUUGAAGAAGAAAAGCCAACUGAAAAACCUAUCGAAGAAGGAAAACCAAGCGAAGGAACUAUAGAAGAACAGAAACCUGGUGAAGAGAAAUCAACUGAAACACCUUUAGAAGAAGGACAACAAACUGAAAAACCCACUGAAGAAAAAUCUGAGGAAGAAGAGAAACCAGAAGAAGAAGGGCAGAAACCCACUAAAGGACCACUUGAGGAAGGAAAGCCUACUGAAGGACCUUUGGAAGAAGAAAAACCAACUGAAGUAUCUACUGAAGGUGAACAACCAGUUGAAGAACAGAAACCGACUAAGAUACCUGCUGAAAGUGAACAACCAGCUGAAGAACAGAAACCGACUGAGAUACCUGCUGAAAGUGAACAACCAGCUGAAGAACAGAAACCGACUGAAGAAUCUAAAGAAGAAGGACAGUCAACUGAAGAACAGAAACCAACUCAAGGACCUAUUGAAGAACAAAAACCAGUUACAGAGAUACCUACUGAGGAAGGAAAACCAAUACCAAGUGAAAUACCUGUGGAGAAACCAACGGAACAAUCUGUUGAAGGAGGAAUACCUUCUCAAGAGGAACAGCAAACAGAAAGACCGGUCGAAAAAGAGGAACCAACAAUACCUAUGGAACAGAAACCAACUAAGCAGCCAAUAGAAAAAGAAAGACCAACUGAAGAACCUGCUGAAGAAGAAAAGCCAACUGAAGAACCUGCUGAAGAAGGAAAGCCAACUGAAGAACCUGCUGAAGAAGGAAAGCCAACUGAAGAAUCUGCUGAAGAAGGAAAGCCAACUGAAGAACCUGCUGAAGAAGGAAAGCCAACUGAAGAACCUGCUGAAGAAGGAAAACCAACUGAAGAACCCGCUGAAGAAGGAAAGCCAACUGAAGAACCUGUUGCAGAGGAAAAACCAACUGAAAAAGCUAUAGAAGAGAUACCAAGUGAAGUGACGCCUUCUGAAGAAACUCCAAUAUCCGUAGGAGUUUCAACAGAAGGUCCUGCAGCCGAAGAAAAACCUUCUGAAACUUCUGAAGCAGUACCUACAGAACUUCCUAAAGAGGUGCCUGAGAAACCUUCUGAAACUUCUGAAGCAGUACCUACAGAACUUCCUAAAGAGGUGCCUGAGAAACCUUCUGAAACUUCUGAAGCAGUACCUACAGAACUUCCUAAAGAGGUGCCUGAGAAACCUUCUGAAACUUCUGAAGCAGUACCUACAGAACUUCCUAAAGAGGUGCCUGAGAAACCUUCUGAAACUUCUGAAGCAGUACCUACAGAACUUCCUAAAGAGGUGCCUGAGAAACCUUCUGAAACUUCUGAAGCAGUACCUAUAGAACUUCCUGAAGAGGUGCCUGAAAAACCUUCUGAAACUUCUGAAGCAGUACCUACAGAACUUCCUAAAGAGAUGCCUGAAAAACCUUUUGAAACUUCUGAAGCAGUACCUACAGAACUUCCUAAAGAGGUGUCUGAAAAACCUUCUGAAACUUCUGAAGCAGUAUCUACAGAACUUCCUAAAGAGGCGCCUGAAGUAGCGACAGAACUUCCGAAAGAAACUCUGCCCAUAGAAAAGACACAAACAGAAGGUAUUGCGCCGCAAGAAAAAACAACAGAAACUCCCAUUAUCCACGAAGAACAUUCUACAGAACCUUCUACAGAACCAACUAAACAAGCUCCGAUGCAACCUGUCGAAGAAGGAAGCACUCAACAACCAGAACUACCAGCUGAAGCAUCAACGGCAGCUGUUCCGAGUGAAACAACCGAACAAGUAGUUCCCGAGGAAGGCAUCAUGACUGAAACAUCUGAAGUAUCAUCGACUGAACCUACAAUUUCUAAAACAACAGUAGCACUUCCUGCAGAAACAACAUUACCGGAAGGAGAAGAGAAAAUAUCUACUCCCGAACAAGCUCAAACUGGUGCUCCACCAAAGGAAGAGGGGACAACGCAAGCUCCUCAGGAGAAGGAAACAGAGGCUCCGAUUACAGAAGAGAAAACUCCAGAAACGUCAACAUCCAAAGAGGAAAAAAUUCCAGAAACUACAUCCUAUGUAGAAACAUCGCCUACUGAACAAGUGGUUGAACAAUCCACACAGGCUGGAGAUUUAUCUACACAUGGCCCUUAUCUACCACCAACAAUUCCAGGAGAAGGCAACUGCCUCAUCGAAGGACAAUCUUACAGCAACAACUCUGCCGUUCCUCCUGCCAAUUCUUGUCAACUUCGAUGUCAUUGCAUUAGUAGUAUCAUUCAGUGCGAUCUGGUUCAAUGUCCACCGCCUCCCAAUCAUUUAUCAAACUGUAUGCCAAUUCAUACUAGCAAAGAUUCUUGCUGUCCGAUGUACACUUGCGACUCGACGCCUACAGCAGUAUUGGAGUCUGAUAAUCAUAUGAUCGAACACAAAACGCCUAAAUACGAAGAGGAACAGAAGACUGUAUCACCUGCAGUCACUGAAGUUCCAAUAAAGGAAGGCAUGACGGAAGCUGUCAAAGAAGUUUCGAUUACAGUAGCACCAGAAACACAUGCACCUGGCAAAGAAACGAGCGAAAAGAUACCCACACCCAGUUUGCCCGAAGGAACGCAAACGACACCAAAAUCUGCCGAACCUGAGCACGUACAAACGACCAUUGGAGAAGCUGCCAAAGAACCUGAAGAACACACACUUAGUCCAGUACCUCCGCAGGUAGAAUCUUCUAGUCAAAUACCUUUAGAAGAAACUUCGCCAGAAAUACCAAGCAUUUCCACGAAGAUCCCAGAAGAAAAAGAACAGGUAACGAAAAUGCCAUCUACUGAACAGCCGAUUCCUGAAGGACAGGUUCCUGAACAGCAACCAUCAAGUCCUGCGGCGGGUGAAGAACAGACAACAGAAGGAGUUCAAGAAGAACAAACUUCUGUUGGAACUGAAAAAGAAGCUGCUACUACAGUGAAACCAUCGACUGAACAACCGUCCGUUCCACCCACUGAAGAAGAACAGAAACCCACAGAAAGUGAAGAACAAAUAACUGUCUCUUCUGCUAUACCAGAAGAAGGUAUAAGCAAAGAGCCUGAACUUCCAAGCUCCUCCAUAGUACCAGAAGUUACGUCAGAAGGGACUGAAACUCAAGGACCACUAGAAGGAAUUACUUUGAGUCCAGAAUCGGUAACACAACCUGAAGAAGAGAAAAUGAAAGAACCUAAGCCAUCUGAAGAAGAAAAACAGUCUGCUCAACCUGAACAACCCACUACAGAAAGUGAAUUACAAACUGUCCAAACUGGUGAAGCAGAGCCUGAAAAACCAUCCGUUGAAGUAUCGACUCCAGAAGGUGUAACAGCAGGUGAAGGACAAGAAGCAACUCCAGUCGAACAGGAAACUCUUAAACCAAGUGAAGGUGAAGCACCUGUAACCACAGAAAUGGAAAUAUCCACAGAAGAAGCACCUGGUUUGACUAAAGAAAGACCAAGUAGCACUGAAAUACCUGAAGAAGAAGCAACAGCGUCAUCAAUUGAGAGUGCAGAAACUCCACAGGAACCAGAAGCUGUCCCAAAGAAACCAGAAACUAUUCCAGAAAAAGAACAUGCCGUGCCAGAAGGAACUGAACAGCCCUUGAUACCUACUACUGCAGAAACCAAAGAAACAGCCACACCUGAAAGUGCUGCUAUCACGGAGACUGUUGAAGAGUAUACUGAAUCUCCUGGAGAACAACCUGAGAAGGUAUCCGAGGAACAAGUACCAAGUUCUACCGAAACCGCUGAGAUAAGCACUGAGCAACCAUUGAAAUCUACUAAGACAGAAGAAACGACUGAAAAGGAGGGAGUCACUGAAGAACAACCAAUUACAGUUAAAACAAGACCUGAAGAAGAAGCGGCGUCAUCUAUACCUACAGAGGAACAACCUGAAGUAACACCAGCAAUGGAAGAACAAACUCCAGAGCCUGUUUUACCUCCUAAAGAGGAAGCUACACCAUCUACGGAAGCUCCUGUGUCUCAAGAAGUUAGUACAGAAGGAAUCCUUGAAGCUAGUACAUCUUCUGAAUCAACUUUGCCGCAGGAACAAACUGAACAGCCAGCAACAGAAAAGGAAAUUGAAACAUCAGCACCUGAAGAAGCUGUCACAGAAGGAAUCAAGGAACAACCUAUUCAACCAGAGGAACAACCGACUACUGAGAAACCUCUUGGUGAAGUGGCUGCAACUUCGGCACCAACUGAGAUUCCAGAACAGGCAACAGAAAAAGAAGAGCAAGUGACUGAAUCUGUAAUAUCUGAGAAAGAAACUGCAGUGCCAAUAGUACCUGUGGAAGAACAGAAACCUGAAGAAGAAACUGAGAAACCGAUUGUAAAAGGUGUACCACCUGCAGAGACAACCGCGAUGCCUGAAGAAGGUGAAAAAGCUACACCUGUGAGCGAAGAACAACCUAGUGAAACACCGUCCCCAGUUGUAAAAGAAAGUUUCACACCAGCACCAGAAGAAAUUUCAGUUUUACCAGAAGAGCAGGAACCUGUAACAGAAGGUAAAAUUGUAACUGCGCCAAGCGAAGUAAGUCCAACUUCUGAAGAACAACCUUCUGUGACGGAAAAGAAACCAGAAGAAGGACCAGAAAUAACGCAACAAACUGAAGCACCGUCUAUGGCAGAAGACACGGAAAAACCAGUGGAAGAAGAACAGGUACCAACUGAAGGAAAAUUAACUCCAGAGGAGACUGGUUCUACUGAAAUACCAGAGAAAGGAACGACCCAAGAAACGCCAGAACAAGAAUUAUCUGAGAAACCAGAGAAAACACUUCCAACUGAGGGACCUGUACAAGCUACUGAAGCUCCUGAGAAGACAGCACCUUCUACAGAAAUUCCAGAAAUUCCUUCUGAGAUACCAGAAAAGGCAGCUACGACUGAAGCAUCUGAGAAAGAAUAUUCGACCGAAGCUCCUGUAAAGGUAACCUCUACAGAAAUGGUUCCAGAAGAAAAAGUUCCGGAAAAAGAACUUCCUGGUGAACUACCAAGUGAAUUGCCAGGAGAAGCAAUUACUACUGAAGCAGCAGAAAAGGAACUUCCUAGUGAAAUACCAGAGAAAGAACCGGAAGAACAAACUACAGGAGUACCUGUGCAGAUUAUUCCUGAACAACCAACUGAAGUGACAGAAAAAGUUCUUCCAGAAGAAGAGAAGCCUGAUAAAACAACAGAAAAGACUCUUCCUGAAGAGGAGAAACCUGGUGAAGUAACUGAAAAGGUUUCCGAAGGAGAAAGGCCAGUCGAAAUUGAACAACAAACGAUGGAACCCGAGAAAGAAGUUCCUCAAACUACGGAAGGCAUUUCGUUGAAGGAACAAUUCCCUGAACAAGCACCAGGAACGACUGAAACUCCUCAAAUUGAAGAAAAGACGACUAAACUUCCAACCACUGAAGAAGAAUUAGCACAGCCAACUACACCAGAAGCUGAAAUCGAAGCAACAUCUCCUCAAGAAGGAGAACCUUCAACUGAAGCUACAGAAGCUCCAGCUGCGCCUGAAGUGCCCGAAACUACAACAAAGGCAGCUGAAUCAAGCCAACCAUCAGAAGAAGCACAAGUAACGGAAGCACAACCUAUUGUAACAGAAGCACAGCCUGGCGUAACGGAAGCACAACCUGGCAUUUCAGAAGCUCAACCUUCUACCGAGCCAGCAAUCGAAACUUCAACGGAGCGCAAAACGGAAGAACAGGCUCCAGAAACUGAAAAAGCUCCCGAGGAAGAGCAUAUAGCCCCAACCGAAGAGCCUCAACAAACACUUCCUGAAGAGCACAAAGAAGAAGAGAAACUUUCGAUAAAGCCUGAAGAAGGGCAACAGGCAACCGAGGCUCCUCUCGAAGAACCCAUCACGAAAACUCACGCACUUCCAACGGAACCAUCUCUACUUGAAUCAACCGAAGAAGAACAAGAAGAAGAGACGGAAGAACACAAUGGAUUGCCAGAAGGUCCUUCGUCGACCGAAAAAGAAGAACCAUCCGAAGGCCAAUUCCCAGUUGGAGUCGACGAACAUCUUCCACCGGCAACUGUGCAACCGCCUUCGAGCACUCUAGCUCCGCAAGUUCCUGAAUAUCCGGAUCAAUCAGUGACUGGAGAAGACAAUCCACACUUCCCUACACACGGUGGUAGCUACUUGAAUCCUGACGAAGACUACGACGAAGAUGAUCAAGCAAUUUACGGACCGGGCACUUGCCGAUAUGGCGGCAAGGUUUACGUAUCGGCGCAACAAAUUCCAAGAGACGACCCGUGCGAUUUCUGCUUCUGCUUCAGAAGCGAUAUCAUUUGCCUGCAACAGAGCUGUCCACCGCCGAUCCCAGGUUGCCACGAGGAACCGAUCAAUGGAUUCUGUUGCCCGAGAUACGAGUGUCCUGUGUCAAUGGCCACGUCGCUUAACAUCACCACGACGACGACGACGACGACGACGACAUUGCCACCGCAUUUCCAUGCUCACGCCUACAAGGGAGCCGCGAAACGAAGCGGCUGUCAAAUUCGCGGACAAGCGUACCGCGUCGGAGAAGUGAUUAGGUCCGCGUCUGGACCUUGUCUUCAGUGCACUUGCGGUGGUGACGGCAAUAUGAAGUGUGAUCCACGAGUGUGUAGCCCGGAGCCGAUGUUGAGGCAAAUGAUCGCGGCGGCCACGGCCAGAAGGAGAAGAUGAGCCGGUCAAUACGAUCCCGGGGAUCCAUCGAACAAGCAUAUACACAAGGAAGUCUAGAGAGUAGGAUCAGUGUUGUAUAAAAGUGAAUUAAAAAUAUUCUAAACUAUCGAAAUGUCGCGGGAACACAGACUAUAAUGUGCUUCGGCGAUUAUGAACUGAGUGGCCAAAACCGUAAACGUUUAUAUUAUAAUAUUAUAUUAUAUUAUAUAAAGAGAAGAAAGAAAAGAGAGAGAGAGAGAGAAUGAAAUAGAGAUAGGAACAGAGAAUGAGAGAGAGAGAGCGUGCGCGCGAGAGAGAAAUUGAUGAGCGUGUAAUGGAAGGGACUAAAGAAAAAGAAAAAAACAAAAAAAAAAAAACGAGGGAGAAAGAAAUGAAGAAUUUAGCUACGUAAAACAAGGCUCGUUUUUAGUGCCAAACGUGAAACAGAAGGAAGCAAACCAGUGGAACCAGUGGGAGAGGGAUAUGGUGGAAAAAUAUUUCGUGAUAGUUCCACAUCUUACGCCAUUAUUUCUUUUUUCGUCUUUUUACACGUAAAAAUGAUGGUUCUAGAGAGGAAGAGAAAAAGCGAUUAAUGAACAAAAAAAAAAAAAAAAAAAAAUGUUGCUGAACGUACGAGACUUAUGACUGUGCCUUCGUCAGUGUCGACAACAGCGGCACUUAAACUUUCGUGACAGCCAAACAACACGGUGCUGAUUCUAGGCCGCGAUCAUCGUCGUUGAAGCUUGACACUUUUCGUCAACGAGGAAAUCGUCAUUAGAAAUUAAAUAUGGUGAUGGGAUACAAAGGAUAAAAGCGUUUCAAUGGAACGCAACCAAAAAAAUAAAUAAAUAAAUAAAUAAUAAAGCGAAGAGAAAAUAUACGACCACGCGAUACGAUUUCUCGUACAGUGACAUUGUAACAGCAAUAGCAAAGAUCGUAUGAGGGAUAAUCGCGAAAUGUUUUUCUUGGAGUGAAGCCUCAUUGAUUUCCCACGUACGAUCGAACUCGUGGGAAUUCGAUUCACACGACGAGAAAUGUAAGCGCCACGUAGAAACGUUGCUCUUGUAAUAUCACUGUAGGAAACUUGAACAACGAUGAUCCACGGUCAUCUACCGUUACGAUCGCGACAGAUCUAGAUCGUUUCAUGGCUGACACGCGUCGUGCGCUAACGAUCAGUCCACAUUUACUCACGUCUGCUGAUGUUCACGUGUGCUUGAAUACAUAGAACAUUAGAAAUAUCAACGCCCUUAAUUCAUGACAAAUUUUCCAGUCGAUAAUUUCAAUUGUUUUUUACGCACAAACAUUUCUUUAUAAAAUUUCUUAAUAAAAAUUCGCCUUCUUGUUAACUGACGUUAAUGGUAGAGGAGAUAUAACGAAGUCAUAAAAUCGAUCAGGUAUUAAAAUU